CCCUACGAUCCUACCCGCCACCCCACUCCCGGCUUUUACAUUCGAGGGUCAGGACCGGCCGGAGUGGAGCAAUGAAGGCCGUCACCGGCCACCAGUACCACGGCGUCCACCCACCCUCGCCCACGCCGGCGACUAAGAUCUCCAUUCCUGUCUCCGUCGGCGGGGGCGCGGAGGUGGCGCUGCUCGGGAAGGGCCGGUACAAGGCAUGGGCCCUCGUCGCCAUCGCCCUCCUCGCGCUCUGGUCCAUGUUCGCCGCCUCCGUCACCCUCCACUGGUCCUCCGGCGACCUUGCCGCCGCCUCCCGGGACAUGAGUGGUCCCCUCCUCGACGACCUCGACCCGCUCGAGAUGGAGGAAAGGGAGAAAUUAGUGCGCCGGAUGUGGGACUUGUACACGCGCACUGGUGAUCAUGUAUGGCUUCCGCGGUUCUGGCAAGAAGCAUUUGAGGCUGCAUAUGAGGAGCUUGCUGGUGAUGAUACGCCUGCAAGUGACGCAGCAGUAUCGGAAAUUGCUCGCAUGGCAAUUCACAGGCCUGAGCUUGAACAGGCACGUAAUUAUAAUUAGAAACAGUACACGGUAAGCAUUUGGAGAAGUGGAGGUCCGAGCCUCCAAAGUGAAUGAGUAGAUGCAUUUCAACUUCUCUCCGUAGUCUUUCAUCUGGCUUGUCAGUUGAUGCAAAAAAGCUAACCUUUAUGCUGUAUCGAAGUUAACUUGCACCUUCAUGAAGCAGGCUGGUCCUCAUCUCCCUCUUAAGAAUUACCGAAUUCUUAGUAGCCAGAUGAGAAUAUCUCUAAUUAUGUAUUUUCUGCACAUAUCAAGAAAGAACAUCCCCGCGAGAAAUUUGGAGACUGAAAUCAUUUGUGUGCUGGUUUUGCUCCUCCCAAUAUAAGAACCAUUGUGCAUCCACAUAUCCUUUGUGCAUGUGGUUAUAUUCAAUGUGCUUUAAUUUGAGAAGGUGCAUUCAACUCAAA